AGAAACAAACACUUUAAAAAAAACGGAGUCGUAGGUUGGAGCUUAAGAGAAAAACAAAGAACGUAAUUGGAGCACUCGCUGCUGUCGUUUCGUCUCGUCUUACCGGUGGCUAAAUUUUAUUGGUUAAUGAGCGGGUCUGACUAUCCAUUUUAAGUCGGUAAACCAGCUGGAACCGGUUCGUUCGAGCUUUCACACAACAUACAACUUAUAUAAGUGGGUAAAGAAACGGCGUGGCAUCAUUAUAAACAUGAGAUCGAAGGUGCUCUCUAGAGGAUUCACUCGUUUGCUUAACAGACAAGUGGAAGAUGGAGGGGCAUUUACUGUAUCUGUCGAGCCCUCUCAUUCACCAAUACUUCAUCACAGAGAGCAAAACGAUUUUGAAAAUCAUUUUAAAGCUUUCCAAAGGAAAUCCUCUUGGGAAAUUUCACGUUCCUUAGCCAUACUUUUACUCUGUGGAUGCAAUAAAUUUGUGGAUAAUAGUGAACAGCUAAUGGCUUACAGUCAGAAGAUUUUGGGAAGGAAAGCAUUUCGUUCGAUUAUUAAACCAACAUUUUAUAGUCAAUUCGUGGGUGGAGAAACACCAGAAGAAAUCACAUCAUGUAUAGAAAAGUUGAGAAAAGCAGGAGUGCAACCUCUCUUAGCAUGCACUUUAGAAGAUGAUUGUGGAGGAAGGAAGGAAGAUGUUUAUGAUAGAAACGUAGAAAGGAUUCUCGACAGUAUGAAAAUGACAUUACACACCAAAAUCAAGAUUCCUAUGACUCAAUUGAAAUUAACUGGUUUACUAUCUGCAGAUUUACUGAUUACUAUAAGCAACAUAUUUACAGCUAGCAACAGAAAGGAACAAUUAAUAGAAAGUAUUGCCAAUUGCAUGACUAGAGGAAGUAUGAAAGAUUUCCAAUGCGAUAAGAUUACAUCUAAACAGAAAGAUAAAUUAGAAUCUGGAGUGAAGCGUUUGAGAGAAAUUGCAGAGGUUGCCAAAGAAAAAAAUGUAAAAUUAUUAAUUGAUGCAGAAUAUACCUACUUAAAUCCAGGUUUGAGUCUUUUGGCAUUGGCAAUGAUGUUAUGUUAUAAUGCCUCGACUCCUUUGGUCUGGAAUACAUAUCAAUGUUAUCUAAAGAAAACUUGGGAAAAUUUAAAGAUGGAAAUGAAUAUUGCUAAUAAGUUUGGUACCUGUUUUGGUGCAAAAGUUGUGAGAGGUGCAUAUAUAACUCGAGAAACUGAUUAUGCGCUUCAGAAAGGUCUGCCAUAUCCCAUUUGUGACAGCUAUGAAUUAACUAGCAAGAAUUAUAACAACAUUUUGAGUUAUCUUCUACAACACAUUUCAAAUUUUGGUCCCAGAUGCAACAUUAUCAUUGCCAGCCACAAUGAAGAGAGUAUUAAAUUUGCAAUUAAAAAGAUGAAUCAGUUGGCUAUUGAUAAACAAAGCGGUGGUGUGUACUUUGGCCAACUUUAUGGCAUGUGUGACCAAAUAACAUAUCCUCUAGCUUCAAUGGGCUAUCUUGUUUAUAAAUCUGUUCCGUAUGGAACUGUGGAAGAAGUAUUACCAUAUCUUGCCCGAAGAGCUACCGAAAACAGAUCAGUAUUAUUAGGUGCUAGGAAAGAGAGAGAGUUGUUAUGGAAGCAUCUAAAAUUUAGAGUGCUUGGCAAUUAAAGCUACAAUCGUAAGAUACCAAGUUAACAAAGAUACAAUGUAUCAGUGUAUUUUUCCUAUGUUGCUAUAUUUUUUAGCAGCUUUUUAUUGAUUAACAAUUAACAUUGAGUUAUUUUACUAAUUUACAUGUUUUAUAUUGUUUAUAUUAAACAAUUAUUUACUUGAUUGUUACUUUUAUUUU